AUGGGUCAAGGGCGGAACAGUUUGCUCAUCUCUAGAAAAAUAUCCUUUAUUUUGUUUUUUCUAUGUCUGAAGGCAAUCCGAAAGCUCAUGGAAGGUGACAGAGAAUUGCUGUUGCUAAAAGCCCGCGCAUCAAAACCAACUUAUCUUCCAGAGCAAUGGAAUGAGGGUAACCAAGACUACUCAAGGUCACCUGAUAGACGGAGAGAUAAUUCUCCAGAGCCGAUGGACAAUGCUGUGCCAACCUAUGUCUCUCCACCUCCUUCCUUUGACAGGAGUUUUAAACCUGCUAAAGUCAAAGAACCAGAAAAAGACAGCGCGAUCUUACAAUGUAUGAAAACCUUGCCGUUCAUAAAAGAGUACUUUGUGAAUACAAACAGGUACUUAACCCUGAAUCGAAGAGUACCUCCGGUAUUCAAUAUAUUGAUGGGCGAGGUAAGAUUUUCCUAG